AUGGGUUCAAUUCGCCGGUCAAAGACAAAGCGCCGUGCUAGGGACUACGACCAAGUCGUUGCUGAUUUGCGUUCGCGCAAGCACCUCACCCAGUACCACAGCACAAAAGAUGUCGAGGACCUUCCAGGCCUAGGGAAACAUUACUGUAUCGAAUGCGCCAAAUGGUUUGAGAGUGAAUACAACCUUGUCGCUCAUAGAAAAGGAAAGAAUCACAAGCGAAGACUACGAAUGCUUUUACAUGAACCCCAUACACAGAAGACAGCAGAGGCGGCCAUUGGACUCGGAGUAGACAAUGGAACGAAGACUGAUAGUAAUGUCGCAAUGGAGAUUGAGACCGAUGUGUGA